AUGACACUCUCCGCUGCACUCAACGCAUUCAAGUCUUCCAAACUCAUCUCCUGGAAAUCGACCGGUCGGCUUCAGCAAACCUUAGCGGGAUGCAUAGAGCGCAAGGGGAAGACUUUGCACAGCGGCAAGGUGUCCACGGUGAAGUUAUGGCCGGAGCUCGCCGGAAAAGGAAGGUACUUUGACUUCCGGUCAACUCUGAUUCGCGCUUCGAUCGAGUUCGCUGAGGAUUCGCCUCUGUGCACUACUCUAUGUAAAGACGGGGUCAAGAUUCGAACUGUUGAGCACUUGCUUUCGGCUUUGGAAGCUAUGGAGGUCGAUAAUUGCAGGAUUGAGAUUGAGAAUUUGGAUUCUGAAGAUUGCAGUGUUGAGGUUCCUAUAUUCGAUGGAUCAGCAAGAGAGUGGGUGGAGGCAAUAGAACAAGUUGGGUUACGAGUUGCAGCUGAUCAUCAGGGUGAGUGUUGUGAAAAGAUGGUGGCAUAUGUGAAGGAACCGGUGCAUGUGUGGAGGAAUGAUUCUUUUGUUGCCGCAUUCCCAUCACAAGAAGUCGGUAUCACGUAUGGGAUUGACUUUCAGCAGGUGCCGGCCAUUGGCAGGCAGUGGUUUUCUGUGUCUUCAUUGGAUAAAUCUUUAUAUUCCGAGCAGAUAGCUUUGUCAAGAACCUUUUGCACUUAUGAGGAGGUGGAGCAGAUGCGCAGUGCAGGACUUAUAAAAGGAGGUUCAUUAGAAAAUGCAAUUGUUUGUAGUGCUAGUAAAGGUUGGUUGAAUCCACCACUUCGUUUUCAAGAUGAACCUUGUCGUCAUAAGGUCUUAGAUCUUAUCGGUGAUGUUUCUCUUUUUGCAAGGUAUGGUAGCCAAGGGCUUCCUGUGGCACACAUAGUGGCCUACAAGGGUGGCCACACACUGCAUUCUGUUUUAGUUCGGCGCCUAUCAGAAAUUAUCUAAAAGGAUACUGCAUUACAUUUGCUCAUCUUGAAGUAAUCGUAGAAAUGUAAUCCAGUCAUCAGCCAUACUUGGCACUAUCAAAUGUUUGAGUCGAUUUUCAGUGGCGGAUGGACUCAGAAAAAAAAGAUUGGUGUUUUACGAGGUAGGAUGGGCUAUUGUGUUGUGAACGACAUUAUGGAUGUGACGAACUCUUCAUAUAAAUUGGGGAAGACUGCUGGGGAGAAUUUGUUGGCUGAUAAGGUUACGGACAAGCUAAACGGGGAUGCACAAGAACAGCUCCUCGGAUUCAACCUGAAAAAGGUAGUUCCUUCGAUUGCUUUGGCUAUUCCAUUGCUUACAGGCAACACUGAGGAGUUGGGGUUGGGGCUCUGUUGUUAUAUUCUAGAAUUGGUUGUUUACUACAAUUGAUUAGAAUCUCUCAUAAUUUACAUGAUCUAGUGUCUGAAAAAGAAUUAGGGGUUGGCAAUAGCUAGGAGAUAUACACUGUUUACUUUUUCAAAUGUGUCAAACUCUUUACAUGUGGAUAUAGUAUUCGUUUCGAUGUGUACUCUACGUAUGCAUUCAGAUUUCCUCAAAAAAAAAACACAUUUGCAUUCAGAUAUCAGUUUCGAUGAUUUCUGCAGAUUUGCAUUCAGAUAUAAGG